GACGCCCCGUUUGGUCAUCAACUUUUUCUGAUGUACCUCGACAGCUGCAGGCCAGACCAUAGGCCCAGAGUCUCGGGGGAGAGGAGUACGAAAAUCUAGGCCACUGCCAUUUGGCCCUCUUUCUCAGUCCGCAUGCACAUGCUAUACUGAGCCUAUCCUGAGUCAGGACCUCAACCAGAACUGUGGGACAGCAGAGGAGCUGACCUGUCCAGAUCCACCCCUACCCAGAGCAGUGGCUAGGGGACCAUCAGUGUAAACCUCUGGGAUUUGAUUCUUUUUUCCAGUAGCAAUUAGAAGUUAGAAGACCAGACCCUUGGGGCACCAUGCAGAAGGGUACAAAGGUGAAGAUCACGUACGUGGUGGUCCUGGUAGGCAUGGUGUGCAUGUUCACAGCUGUGGUGACGGACCACUGGGCAGUGCUGAGCCCAAAAGUGGAAACUUUCAACACGACGUGCGAAGCGGCCCAUUUUGGCUUGUGGAGAAUCUGCAAGAAGCACAUGUACAUUGAGGAGUCAGGGAACAAUGGCCACUGGUGUGGACCUAUCAGCCUACCAGGAGAUGUCAACUGCUCUUACUUCAGGCAUUUUAACCCGGGAGAGAAUUCUGAAAUCUUUGAGGUUAAAACACAAAGAGAGUACAACAUCUCAGCAGCAGCCAUUGCUGUUUUCAGUCUGGCCUUCAUGAUUCUGGGCACUCUUUGUUUGCUGGGCUCCGUGCGGAAAGGCAAAGACUAUCUCCACAAACCGGCCGGCAUGUUUUACGCAUUUGCGGGUCUGUGCACCAUCAUCUCGGUGGAAGUGAUGAGGCAGUCGGUGAAGAGGAUGAUCGAAAGCAAAGAUACCAUCUGGGCGGAGUAUUAUUACUCCUGGUCCUUUGCCUGUGCCUGCACGGGCUUCGUCCUGCUCUUCCUCAGUGGCAUCGGCCUCCUCAUAAUAUCCAUGCCCCAGAUGCCCCGCAACCCCUGGGAGACCUGCAUGGAUGCUGAGCCUGAACAGAUCUAGUAAAGCCGGUGGUGAACCGUCUAGUUACACUUCUGUCCUGCGUCCUGUCGCUGAUUACAGCACAGGCAUAAAAACAAGAAGCUCAAAGAAGAUGUUUUACUUUUUUUCCUAUUUUGACAGUGUGCUACUACUAAUAAGUCACUGAAGGGAUUUGGGAAGUGUUGGUUGCACAGCUCAGUAAAACGUCGACUUGUGCACAUCUGAUCAAUGUGAAACUUACUUAAUGUGGGUUUUAAUAGCCUUGGUUGUCUUAAAUUGGAAUUCCACAGAUUUCUCUAAAUAAUGUCUGCCUAAUUAAAUAUGUAAGGUAUAAACAAAGUAAUUCAGUUUGGUGUUGUGUCCUCCUGAGGCCCAGACUUAGGUUAGCUAGGUAUUUAUUGAUUUCUUCAAGCUAUUUGGGAUUGGUAGAAACUAAAAAGUAUAAAAACUAAACUUUUUUCUUGUACUGGUAGUAAUUUUUAAAUUUAUUUAAUUUGAUAUGUAGCUUCGUAAAAUUCGUCAAAAAUAUAUGCAGAUAUUUUUGUACGUAAAUGAGCUAGUUUCAAACAUAAAAUUCGAUGUAAAUUUUUAUUUGGCCCAUGUUUCUGUCUGGAUUGGCUGUAGAAACUUUUGACUGGGAUGCCUGCCAUCUUGUUCUCAAUCAAUUGAGUGUAAUGAAGUCAUGUGACCACUAGGUGGUAUGAGCAGUGUCUCCACAUGAGGCCAAAUGGUCAAUGUUUAAAAAUAAGUAUUGUGUUGCAGUGAAGCACAAAUGUAAGUUAGUUAAAACAAAGUUAAUGUUACAAAGAAUCAGGUCUGGUGGGUUUGGAUAGAGUGAAUUAAAUCAAAUGUCUAUUAUUUUGCUGUAACAGUAAAAACAUUUUAAGAAGAGGGUGAGUGCUACUUCAAUGCCCCUCAUCAAUGCAACCUGCUAGAAUGAUUUUGUUUAAAUCAUAAGCAUUGAAUUAUGUAGAAUAGGAAAAUUCUGGAAUUCCACUUUAAAUCUGUGUUUUGUAUUAUAUUGCUGUAUAUAUACAAACCAUUUUACUUGGAAUGGUUAACAUGCUCAUAUAUUUUCAAUUUUAAAGACAAUUUCUUUGGCAUUUAACUCCACGUUUAUUUUUUUUGUUGUUUUUUUCUUAUCAUUAGGUCACGUCAUCUGUCCUUUAAUUAGGACAUGUGAAAACUAUGUAGCAAACUGACCAAUAGAUAACCAAAAAAACUGUUACCUGAACUUACAUCCUCAAAAACACUCUAUACAGUUCUUUAAAGUUAUACAGAAGAUAAAAAAGGAUUUGUUACAAGAUGUACAGCCUCAAAAUGUUGGAGUACAUUUCAGAAGGGUUCAGUUUUAUCAGAUAAGCUCUGAUUUAGCUCUAAUGUAAAUGAAUAAACUAGCUGUGACUCUACAUUACAAAUAUCCACUGUUACUGAACUGAUCUAACAUGUAUUUAUCUUCCGUAAUGUGAUGUGAUGUGAUUUUGUAUACAUUUUUAGUCUGUUUUUAGUGAAGCAGCUGGAUUGUGGUGUAUAUGUCUGGUGUAGCUUGUAAGAACACUAUGCUAGCUUUGUUUGGGGACACACUAGCUCGGUUUAUCUGGCUUCAGCUCUGAACAGAAUGUUAAUUUACCAGUCUGUCGUACUCUCUGAAUGCCUGGCCAGACAUUUUGGAGUGGUUUCAGUUCUGGCAGGUGCGAACAAAAUGGCAUCCGUUGCUCUUUUAGCGCUUCAAUAGUAGGAAAACGACUAAUUUCAUGAUAAGUGUUCCCAAACCCACCUUAUCUGCCCCCUCCUUCCUUUUACUCUCCACCACCCACACAAGGGGUGGGUAGACAGUAGAGCUAUUUAAUCCAUUAAAAUUUAUAUAUAUAUAUAUAUAUAUAUAUAUAUAUAUAUAUAUAUAUAUAUAUAUAUAUAUAUAUAUUUGUUGUAUUUAAGCACAAUAGUUAUUUAUUUAGACUUCUCUGAGAUUCGUUUUAGCUAAAUGCUAACAUGCUAACAGUUUUAUUUCUACUCAGCUUUGAGAAAGAACAUUACUUUUAACUGCUCUUAGCUACAUUUUUAUUAAAGUAUUCUGUGGCUUAAUCCUCUAACUUUGGGAAUUUAGAACUUUAAUUUAGGAACAAAAAGGACAGAGCCUUACAAAAAAAAAUCAGUUAGGAAUGCCAGUGAGUGUUGUAUUUAUUAUAUGUUGUAAGUGUGGGCAAUAUGACCCUAAAAUGAUGUCACAAUAUUUUAAACUAUUUUUGCGAUAUUCUUGGCGAUAUGACAAAACAUUGAAUAAAAAAAAAAAAAAAUAACUUCAAAAACUUAAAUGCCAUUUAAAUCUAUGUUGUUGUUUUUUUUAUCAAGUCACACCAUGUGUCCUUUAACUUGGAUAUGUAAAAACAUAAUGUAGCAAAAUGACCAAUAACCAAUAGAAAUUAAAUUUAGUAAAAUGUUGUUACAUGAACUUACAUCAUCAAAAACACCCUACACCCUACCCAUACAACUAGGUUUUGUUACAAGAUGUACAGCAACAAAAUAUAAUGGAGUAUAUUUGACAAAACACUGAAUUAAGAAAAAAUAAUUUCAAAAACACAAUAAAUAUUACAUUUUUGGCAAUAACAUUGCAUACAAUAUGAUAUGGCACAGCCCCAAUUGAGAUUUUCACCAGAUUGUAAAAGUAGUCAAUUAUCCAACAUGUCAUGAUACUAAUAAUGCACUCCAUAUAUUUCCAUAUAUCCAGGAUUAAAGUAAAAUGAAUGAUACUGAACAGAUAUAAUAUGUUUCUAGUAGAUAUUUAAAGUUAAAUAGAUUUAAGGUUAAAUUAAGGUAAACCAUGUUGGCCCAUAUGGCCCUUAAAUAAUAUCAAUAAAGAUAUUUAUUUAUAAAGAUAUUUAAAAAUGUUGCUGAUAUUAUUGCAUAGGAUUGCACACCCCUAAAAUGGUGGUUUAAAACAGUGGCUUUAACACAGUGCUGUUUAGCUACAGCUUCAGGCACCAGCAUUGUAGUUUUUUCACUCAGCUCUUCACCAAUGCAAACACACACUCAUCAUGUGACUUUGUAAACCAAUCACAAGGCAGAACAAAUAUUUACAAGAAUAAACAAAGAAUAAUAUUUCUUACAAUAAACUGUUGUACUGCUAAAAUGUAAUCUUUAACACUGAAUUAAGCUAGUUAGUUCAUCUUGUCAGAUUUUAAGCCUACAUUAGUGUUGAUAUACUAACAAUCUCUACUGCAGUUCUACAGGAAAGUUCUGCAGAAGAUGUUUGACGGAAGAUUUUUUAAAGGUUUUUGCUAGGCUACUUUUACUUCAGCUUAAGCCAUAAUUUCCAUUGAUGUAGCUCUGCUUGUGCUUGAGCGUGUAGUUUCUUUUGAUUCUUGCCCCUAAAGAUAAUCCAAAAAGUACAGACAUGUCUCUUUCCUACGCCUGUAGAUUUCAGCCGUUCAACAUUAAAUUGAAUUUACUCUCUCGUGCCACUUUUUAUGCACCAAAGCAAAAUGAGGCUUCUUUGAACCUCUAAAAUCACACUUUCUGAUAAACUGGGUCACAGCCACUCGGAAACUCAGGCCUUAAACUUUAAAAUGCUUCAAAUCAGUACUUCAGUACAAUUCAUCUCACAUGUUUAAUGGAGCAGGGUUACUUUUCGCAGCACUCAAGUUGCAACAGACAUGAUAUAAUUCAUGCAUACCUUUUUACUGGUGCAUUAAUUGUACAUCAAUUGUACAUGGUGCAUUUUGUGAGCUGUUAAAAUGAGAGUUUAUGCAGCUGGUAGAAUAGUAUUUAGCCAUUUAUUUAAAAAAUAUAUAUUUUUUUAAUUUAUUAUACUUUUCUGAUUGAACUAUAAAUAAUUUAGGACUGUACAGAGACAAGCAUGAUGCCAUAGAUCUAAGCCUGUAACUGAUAAUCAGCACAUACUGUAUUAAUAUGACCUUGAGAUUCCUUUAUAAACCAGAGAAGAUACUCUCCUGUGCCUUUGUGAAAUUUAUUUGCCCUGAUUACAUAAUGAACAAACAGUCAGUUUAUAAUUCCUGAAGCUUUUUUACCCCUACAUCUUUUCUUUUUAGUAUAAUUGAGCUUAUCUCAUUCAUAUCCAGUGCAUUUAAUUAGAUAGAGAUCAUAAUAGAUCCCUGCAGGGAACGCUGCUUUUCAAAUGAUUAAAAUCAUCUUAAAUUCCAUUUAUCACAUACUGAAGGCUAUCCAAACACUUGCAUUUAUUAUAGAUGUUAAGCUUGUAGUGUCUAGCGUUUUGUUUUUGUGUGUCAUUUCUUUUCCAUUUUUUAAGUGCAUGCUUAAACAGAGAGUUCUUGUUUGCGUUGCAGAUUUACUCCCUUUCGAAUAUGUUUUGUUGUAUGCAUCCUGCUUUGUGUAUUUUUAUGGGAAAAUAAACCUGCAGCUGACAAGUUUCAA